GUAGCGACUAUUUUCUAUGACUACGUCCUGAACCUACGCAGAGAAAUAGACUUGACAUGGAGAAGAGGCUCGACAACCGGUACCAUUCUGUUCCUUGCCAACCGAUAUCUUGCACUGGCAUAUUGUCUCUUUCGUCUUACCUCUCUUAUUUUUCAUAGUCUGGGCAGGUCAGUGGAUCACCUACUAUUUCACACCUUUGGGAAUAAGGACACUGUCACAGUUUUCUCGGCUCUCCGUGUGUAUGCAGUGAGCAGCAAGAAUUGGACUUUGACGUCCUUGGCCCUUGGUUGGGGGCUUGUGCCAUUAGUUACCAAUAUUGUAAGCAUCGUUAACCAGAUACUCCUACAAUUCAUGUGCCAAUGGUCCUCCGCAGGUUAA